CAAGGUUUGAAGUAGCUACCACCUUCCAGGUUGAUAUGGGGCCACUUCUUGACCUUCAAGCACUGUGCACACCGUGACUCCGGAGCGUUGCAUCUUAGCUUUGAUAUCGACCGAACCAUCUCCAGAGGAUCGAUGGAGUUCGCCCGACACUGUUGGACGUUCGACAGUUGGGCGCAGCUCGCCGUUGGACAGCACUGUAAACCAUUGCUGUGUACCAAAGCACUCCACAUGGUGCAUCGAGAACCCAUCGCUAGCUUCUAAGUCCUGGGGUAUGCGGUUCACAUACCUGCCCGUGCCUGUAAGGGCGCUGGUUUCGUUUCCGCGGCCAGCGUUAACUGAGCCGCUCGCACACCUGAUGCACGCGUAGAAGCGUUCCCAGGUAUAUAUGCCGCCCCUUCCGGUACGCGAGAUCGCGUUUGCAACGACCUUCAAGUUCCAUCCCGUCGUCAAGAAUGGCUGCCGUCCCCCAGGUUUCGUCGCUCGACCCUGCCGCCAUUGCUGCGAUCAUCGCCGCCGUGGAUCUGGAGCGUACCUUCGGGGCGUACCUGAUAUGCAACUGCGUAGCAUGCAUCAUGUUUGGUCUGACGACUCACCAGACGUAUCGCUACUAUCGCCUGUACCCGACUGACCACCUCAGCCUCAAGAUCCUGGUCUUUGUGAUCUUGAUGCUUGACGUAGUGCAUACGAUCUCUGGUAUUCAUAUCUGCUAUUUCUACCUCGUCACCAACUAUUUCAAUCCUGCUCGCCUCGCCGACGGUGUAUGGUCUAUCAGGAUAAUCAUUCUUGAGACGGGAUUAAUCAUUCUUUGCUCCCACUGCUUCUACGCAAGACGCCUCUUCUUCCUCAGCAACCGGAACUGGGUCCCUGUUACUGCGAUAGCCCUUUUACUACUUGUAGAGAUCGGCUUCUGUACAGCUGCUACUAUCGAGUCAUUCCUUCAAGUCUCGUUCGCGAAGUUCAUCAGAUUUAAUUACCUCCUAUGGACCAUCCUGAUCGUUGCAGUGGCUAUCGACUGCAUUGCGGCUGGGACUCUGACUUACUACCUGCGCAAGAGCCGCACCGGGUUCAGGAAGACGGACUCUAUGGUCGACGUCCUCAUGGUAUACGCUAUCAACACGGGUCUCUCCACUAGCAUCCUGAGCGUAGUUGCCUUGACUUGCGCCCUUGCAAUGCCCAACAACCUUAUCUAUAGUGCUAUCCUGAUGGUCUGCUCCAAGAUGUACUCCAACUCUUUGCUCGCAGUGCUGAACUCUCGCCGCUCCUUGGUGGACAAAGGGAUGGAGGGCUUCGAGACAGGGUCCUUCGGGCUCGAGUCCCCGGAGAAAGUGGUGGCCGAGAGGGAGCCGCGCCGCGGUACCCUCGCGUUCAAGCCCGCGGUCUUCGCGCCGAAAAAGCGCAGCCCUGCUGCGAUUGACGUCAUCGUCACGAAGGAGACGUUCGUCGACAUUUCGGACCAGAACGCCGCGUCGCGGCGUAACUCCGAGUCCAGUGCUUAGUGCACGACACCGCGCCGCUUCUAGCCACCGAUGCUCGCCCAGACCCUCGCGUCCCGAGCCCUCCGCGCCCGCCCAAAGUUCAAACGUUCAUGAUGUAUGCCAGAACCGCGUGCUAUGCUAUUAUAUUUGCC